UCCAUUCCCAUUCACUGUCAAUUUUCUUCUUUCUCUUUCUGAAAUCAUAACACAAGAAAUUGUUAUUUGGGUGUUACGACUUACGAUGGAGGCAAACACUCCCUCUGAUCCUUGGCUGGAAGACAACGAUUUCUCAGAAACUGCAAACUUCAUAAACCAGAUCCUCAUGGAAGAGAAUUUUGAUGAGUGCCCAUUCUAUGAUUCAUUCACCUUGCAAGUCACCGAGAAAUCCUUCUACGACGCUCUCACUGGUACUCUACCUCUUUCUCCCACUCAAAACCCUCUUGUUCUCACUCCCCAGGCUGAAACUACCAACAAGAACGAUUUUUCUGAUGAAAAUUUUCGUGAGCUGAAGCAACGUUUUCAAGAUUCUGCUUUUCAGUUUAAUCCCCAAGUUUCCCAACCACACUUGGAUUCUUCUACUGCCACAGUGAUGCCACAUAAUAAGUUGAAUGAUGGUGAUUAUGUUUGUGAUUUUAGGAGAGGCUUGGAGGAAGGUAGGAGGUUUCUUCCUGCAGGAUCAAACCUUGUAACCUUGAAGGGUAGGAAGAAUCACGAGCGCCAUGAGAGAGAUACCAUAGAAGAAGAGGAAGAAGGGAGAAGUAACAAGCAAUCAGCACUUAGUGUUGCGGAUGAGAUCGACUUAUCAGAGGCUAUUGAUCGGGUGUCUCUGAGCAGCGAAAACGUGUGCGAUGAACAAAGUUGUUUCCGGAGUGGUGGGAAGGGUCGUCCUAAGAAACAAGGGAGGAACGCUUGGUGGAUGAAGAAGGGUAAGGAAAAGGAAAUAGUAGAUUUGAGGAAUCUUCUGCUGAUGUGUGCACAAUCUGUGUACGCCAAUGAUAACAGAACUGCAAAUGAAUAUCUGAAGCAGAUAAGGCAGAACUCUUCUCCCACUGGGGAUGCAUUACAGAGGUUGGCUCAUUACUUUGCCAAUGGCCUCGAGGCACGCAUGGUUGGUGAUGGCACAAGCGCACAAGGAAUGUUUUCUAUUCUCAACUCAAGGGUCACUCCUGUUGACCUUUUGAAGACAUACCAGGUUAUUCUAACCGCCGUCCCUUUCAAGAAGUUUGCUUAUUUCUUUGCAAAUAAAAUGAUUAGGGAAGCAGCUGCCAAGGCAGAAACCGUCCAUAUUAUUGAUUUUGGCAUCCUAUAUGGUUUUCAUUGGCCAAUGCUUAUUAAGUUUUUAUCAAAUAGAGAAGGUGGACCUCCCAAGUUGAGGAUCACAGGGAUAGAGUUUCCUCUACCUGGCUUUCGUCCCACACAAAAAAUUGAGGAAACGGGUCGCCAUCUAGCUAACUAUUGCAAACGUUACAAUGUUCCCUUUGAGUACCAUGCCAUAGCAUCAAAAAACUGGGAAACCAUUCAGGUUGAAGCCCUUCAAAUUGAGCGCAACGAGCUAGUUGCUGUGAACUCUCUCAUGAGGUUUGAGAAUUUACUGGAUGAGACUUUUCAUGAAAACAGUCCUAGAAAUGCAGUACUGCAUUUGAUCAGGAAGAUAAAACCGGAUAUUUUUACUCAGACCGUUAUUAAUGGGUCAUUUAAUGCUCCUUUCUUUACCACACGGUUCAGGGAGGCCCUCUUCCAUUAUUAUACUCUUUAUGAUAUGUGUGACGCUGUCGUACCUCGUGAAAAUGAAUGGAGGAUGUUGAUUGAGAGAGAGAUUGUGGGUCGGGAGGCUAUGAAUGUUAUAGCAUGCGAAGGUUCUGAGAGGAUUGAGAGGCCUGAGACAUACAAAAAGUGGUAUAUUAGAAACACGAGGGCUGGUUUCAAGCAGCUUCCACUGAAUGAGGAAUUAAUGGAGAAAUGCAGGAGUCAGUUAAGGGAAUGGUACCACAGAGAUUUUUUCGUAGAUGAAGAUAACGAGUGGAUGCUUCAAGGUUGGAAAGGCAGAGUUUUGUAUGCUUCCUCUUGUUGGGUUCCGGCAUAGUGACAUGUUACUGGAAUUGGUUCAAAACUCAUACUAACUAGACUUAGAGGUCUGAUUCUAAGAAUAUGUAUAGAAGAGUUAUAGUCCUACUAUCAUUUGUUGGUUGCUUGAGUCUAGAGAUAUUUCAGCAUGUGUGUUGCAAUUUGAAGCUUAUUUUGCUUGUUAAAUGGUUUCAGGUUGUGUAACUUUGCUUAUUUCAUUAAUCAAUGAUAAUAAACCAGAAUAACUUUGA